AUGUCGGCGAACAAUAUGUCGGACCCACGGAGGCCGAACAAAGUGCUGAGGUACAAGCCUCCGCCGAGCGAGUGUAACCCGGCCUUGGACGAUCCGACGCCAGACUACAUGAACCUACUAGGCAUGAUCUUUAGCAUGUGCGGCCUCAUGCUCAAGCUGAAGUGGUGUGCUUGGGUCGCUGUGUACUGCUCCUUCAUCAGCUUCGCCAAUUCUCGGAGUUCAGAGGACACCAAGCAGAUGAUGAGUAGUUUCAUGCUCUCCAUCUCUGCAGUGGUGAUGUCAUAUCUACAAAACCCUCAACCCAUGACGCCCCCUUGGUGA